UUGUUAGCAUUUGUUCCGAUGUUGUACGAGAUGUUUUCAGAAGUUUGGUCAGUGUUUUAAAAAUGUGUAUGUGUUAUAACUACCAUAAUCGCCACCGCGUUAAACGGACUAUAUGAUUCGUCUUACGCGUAGGCAACCCGUUCGCUGCGGCGUAACGUUCGUUGCCGGCUAGGUGUAAGGCGGUCGAACAUUUCCCCUCCUAGAUGUAGACGUAGAGCUAGUUCUCAGUGCGCAUGGCAGGCAGCUGGUGAUUUUCGGCAUUUGGAACUUGUCAUAGUGGAGUGGCGAAUUUCACUUUGUUAUUGAUCGGCUGCGUACGCCCAUGUAAUGAACUUCGUAUAAGUGUGACAGCUUUUUAUGUAUUAAAGUUUGAACUGCAUAGUGCUGAAGCCAACUCAAAAUGGCAUCACUGUUUCGAAGUGCUGAGAUGACACUUUGUCAACUCUUCUUGCAAAGUGAGGCCGCAUAUGCUUGUGUGUCAGAACUGGGUGAACUGGGCCUUGUGCAGUUCCGAGAUCUCAACCCCGACGUCAACGUAUUCCAACGAAAAUUCGUUAACGAAGUCCGGCGUUGCGAUGAAAUGGAACGGAAAUUGCGUUAUCUGGAAAAGGAAAUCAAGAAAGACGGCAUCCCCAUGCUGGACACGGGCGAAAACCCAGAGGCCCCACAACCCAGAGAGAUGAUUGACUUAGAGGCUACGUUCGAAAAACUGGAAAACGAACUCAGAGAGGUCAAUCAAAACGCAGAAGCUCUCAAGAGAAAUUUUCUCGAACUCACAGAACUAAAGCAGAUAUUGCGGAAGACGCAAGUUUUCUUCGACGAGCACGAGGGGGGUGCAAACCCCACUGAGUCUAUGACCAGGGCCCUCAUUAGUGACGACUCUAUAGCCCGACAAAGCACCCUAGGCCCCGUGCAGUUGGGUUUUCCGGAAAAACAAUUUGAAUCAGAGGAGUUCUUCCCAUGCUUUGUCGCGGGAGUUAUUCUUCGUGAACGUAUUCCAGCGUUUGAAAGGAUGCUGUGGCGGGCAUGCCGCGGAAAUGUUUUCUUGCGUCAGGCCGAGAUCGAAACUCCCCUUGAGGAUCCAUCUACGGGUGACCAAGUCUACAAAUCCGUCUUCAUAAUCUUCUUCCAAGGAGAUCAGCUAAAAACACGCGUGAAAAAAAUCUGUGAAGGUUUCCGUGCGACGCUCUACCCAUGCCCUGAAGCUCCCGGUGAUCGCCGGGAGAUGGCAAUGGGUGUGAUGACGCGAAUCGAAGAUCUUAACACCGUUCUGGGUCAAACUCAAGACCACAGACACCGGGUGCUUGUGGCCGCGGCCAAAAACAUAAAGAAUUGGUUCGUGAAGGUUCGCAAAAUCAAAGCAAUCUACCAUACUUUGAACCUGUUCAAUCUCGACGUGACGCAAAAAUGUCUCAUCGCGGAGUGCUGGGUACCCGUGUUGGAUUUCGAGAAUAUCCAGCUCGCUUUGCGAAGAGGUACUGAGCGAAGCGGUAGUUCCGUGCCGCCGAUUUUGAACCGAAUGGAGACCUUGGAGGAUCCUCCUACUUACAACCAUACGAACAAGUUCACCAGUGGUUUCCAGACCUUGAUUGAUGCUUACGGGAUUGCUUCAUACAGAGAGAUGAACCCGGCACCGUACACCAUUAUCACCUUCCCAUUUUUAUUUGCUGUGAUGUUCGGUGAUCUGGGGCAUGGGUCUUUGAUGGCAAUAUUCGGGGCAUGGAUGGUCCUUAAGGAAAAACCUCUGGCUGCUAAGAAAUCGGACAAUGAGAUAUGGAAUAUUUUCUUCGGUGGACGAUACAUUGUACUUCUGAUGGGUCUAUUUUCCAUGUACACGGGCCUUAUUUACAAUGAUGUGUUUUCUAAGUCGUUGAACAUAUUUGGUUCCAAUUGGCAUACUAAUUAUAGCGCUAGUUUUGUUUUGUCGGUGCAAGAUAAAAUGAUUGAUCCUGCAGACGACGGCGGCUAUGACGGGUAUCCGUACCCUAUAGGGAUGGACCCGGUUUGGCAGCUCGCAAAGAACAAGAUUAUUUUCCAAAAUUCGUUUAAAAUGAAAAUUUCGAUUAUUUUAGGAAUCAUUCAUAUGUUGUUUGGCGUUUCAAUGAGUCUUUUUAAUUACACGUACUUCAAAAAUAAGUUAAGCAUCAUCUGCGAAUUCGUUCCUCAAGUCAUUUUCUUGGUUUUCUUGUUCUUUUACAUGGUGCUUCUCAUGUUUAUUAAAUGGUUUAUGUACUACCCAACUAAUGUGGAAUCGGAAAUCAAGUACAGUCCCCGAUGUGCUCCUUCCAUUCUUAUCACAUUUAUCAACAUGGUAUUGAAUAAAGAGACCAUUGUUGACCCAGAAUGUGACGCAAAUAUGUACGCUGGUCAAAUACCAAUCCAGAAGUUGCUAUUCGCAUGCGCUGUGAUCUGCGUUCCAUGGAUGCUUCUUGCGAAACCCCUUUACAUCAUGCGGAGCCGCCGUAAGAUGAAUUAUUCUGUUUCGCACCAGCAAAUGCAAGCAGCAACAGGAAACGGUGACGCCGAGCAACCAAUUCACAACAACACUGCUCAACCUAUCGUUGGCCAUGGUGGUGGACAUGACGAAGAGGAAGACCUCGGCGAAAUGUUCAUCCACCAGGGAAUUCAUACAAUAGAGUAUGUACUAGGUUCCGUUUCUCACACGGCAUCCUACCUUCGAUUAUGGGCUCUUUCGUUGGCUCAUGCUCAAUUGUCUGAAGUCUUGUGGGGCAUGGUUUUGAACAAGGGCCUAGUUGUCGACGGAUGGUUGGGUGGAAUAGUUCUCUACGUUAUUUUUGCUUUUUGGGCAUGCUUGACCGUGUCCAUCCUAGUUUUGAUGGAAGGGCUUUCAGCCUUUCUGCAUACUUUACGUCUUCAUUGGGUUGAGUUCCAGAGUAAAUUUUAUGCGGGUCAAGGCUACGCCUUCCUGCCGUUUUCGUUCGAAAAUCUUCUGGAUUCAGCAUCACAAACCGCUGAAGAAUAAGUUUAUUUAUUUUAUUUAGAACAUUUUAUCGUAGUUAUUUUUUAUUUACAACUCUUUUUAUAUACUCUUGUCAUUCAUACAGGUAACGUCGUACUUAAAACUCAUCGCGCUAAUUUAAAAUAAAAAAUAUGACAUGCAACACCGAUUUAGGAAAUCGUACUAACGGAGUGUGUUACGCAGUACUCAGUAAUACUGGAAAACUGGGUGCACACUUCCUUUCAGUGCAAAAACUGAUGAUUGAAGGGUUUUCAAACAUCUACUUGGUGUAAUUCUAAUUGUUAAUCGUAAGUUCGUGUUGUGCUUCUUUGUAGAUACUGCAUCUCUGUGUCGUUGUGUAUUUGUAACUUAGCAUAAGAUCUUUUGAAAACCUAAAGAUCAAAAACAACUAGUGGCAAAAAAAGAGCUGAUUUGUUAGCUUUCUAUUAACACUUGAGGUUAGUAGAAAUGACAAUAUACUACCCUACUACAUUUUGGCAAGAAGCCGAUAUUGUGGUUCUCGCUUCUUAUCAAAGAUGUCUACUACGAUGAAUACUAGCUAGAUAGCUGGUUGCUUACGAACUAAUGUAAGCAAAAUUGAACAAUAACAACGUUCAAGGCGAAAAAGUACGUGAAUAACAAUGUAGAACUAACGUGCGUCGACAUUGUUUUUCAUGGGCGGAGGAUAUUUUUAGUUUUAUUCCCCAAAUUUAUCAUUUUGAACGAAUGCAUGAGCGAACAGAAGAGUAAAAUUAAGUUAAACUAUUGUAAUGUUUAAUAUUGUGAAUAAUAAUUCACAGUAUUAAACAGUGAAUGAACUUAUACAACAUGAAACAAUAAGAGAAUAAAAUAUAUACUGAGUUA